AGAAGCGGCCACCACCUCCUAAGCUCAAGGUAGCUCAUCUGAAAAGAAACCUGAGCCCCAGGGAGGCGGCACUGAGCGACCUGGGCAGGGCAGGAGCGGCCUGAGCGGGCGGGCACUAGUCAGCGCGUGAGGACCCGGGCGAGCUCGGCCGCCGCGGACCCUCUCGACUUGCUCCUGAGAUCCGGCUCCACUCUCUCUUCGCAUUUUACAGAUUUACCCCCGCGACUGUAUCUCCCCAAAACGGAGCCUUUAUUUCCAGAGAAGGUGUGGGAGCUGGAGCCACCAGGACUUUCCCGGGCACCCAAGAUGCGCUCCAUCAGGAAGAGGUGGACUAUCUGCACGAUAAGUCUGCUCCUGAUCUUUUAUAAGACAAAAGAAAUAGCAAGAACUGAGGAGCACCAGGAAACGCAACUCAUUGGCGAUGGUGAAUUGUGUUUGAGUCGAUCGCUCGUCAAUAGCUCUGAUAAAAUUAUUCGAAAGGCUGGCUCUUCAAUCUUCCAGCACUCUGUAGAAGGUUGGAAAAUUAAUUCCUCUUUGGUCAUGGAGAUAAGGAAGAAUAUACUUCGUUUCCUAGAUGCAGAAAGAGAUGUCUCAGUGGUCAAGAGCAGUUUUAAGCCUGGUGAUGUCAUACACUAUGUGCUCGACAGGCGUCGGACACUAAAUAUUUCUCAUGAUCUGCAUAGCCUCCUACCUGAAGUUUCGCCAAUGAAAAAUCGCAGGUUUAAGACCUGUGCAGUUGUUGGAAAUUCUGGCAUUCUACUAGAUAGUGAAUGUGGAAAGGAGAUUGACAGUCACAAUUUUGUAAUAAGGUGUAAUUUAGCCCCCGUGGUGGAGUUUGCUGCAGAUGUGGGAACUAAAUCUGAUUUUAUUACCAUGAAUCCAUCAGUUGUACAAAGAGCAUUUGGAGGCUUCCGGAAUGAGAGUGACAGAGAAAAGUUUGUGCAUAGACUCUCCAUGCUGAAUGACAGUGUCCUUUGGAUCCCUGCUUUCAUGGUCAAAGGAGGAGAGAAGCACGUGGAGUGGGUUAAUGCAUUAAUUCUUAAGAAUAAACUGAGAGUGCGAACUGCCUAUCCAUCAUUGAGACUUAUUCAUGCUGUCAGAGGUUACUGGCUGACAAACAAAGUUCCCAUCAAAAGGCCAAGCACAGGUCUCCUCAUGUACACACUUGCCACAAGAUUCUGUGAUGAAAUUCACCUGUAUGGAUUCUGGCCAUUCCCUAAGGAUUUGAAUGGAAAAGCCGUCAAAUAUCAUUACUAUGACGAUUUAAAAUAUAGGUACUUUUCCAACGCAAGUCCUCACAGAAUGCCAUUAGAAUUCAAAACAUUAAAUGUGCUACAUAAUAGAGGAGCUCUAAAACUGACUACAGGAAAGUGUGUAAAGCAAUAAAGCACACUGACAAACAGACAAACAAAACUGAAUAUGCACUUCUUUUCUGAAGAUGCUUCCUAAAAUUUGAAAACAGGAUCCAAACCAAGACUGGGUUUCAGCAUCCACCAAGCAACUCUAAGGUUGAUGUAAAACGUUUAUGAGAAAUCCCUUACCAGCUGAUGAAAUACCUGCAAAGUGCUCUAAAAAAUUAAAUAUUUUGACUUCAAGGGUCCUAGUAAGUGCCACUUCCACUAAGAACACAGCUUGAAUGUAUAAUCAGAAGUGUUUACAAGAUCCGGCAAUGCAGUCAUCGUUUGGUAAAGCAAAUAUGUUCAUCACUGUUGGGCUGUCACUGCAAAGCCAAGCACAUUAGAAGAGGAACCCAGGAACACAACUCAGCCAGUGGGGAAAUCGAACCAUCCUCGUCAGCAGAAAUCAUGAUGGAAACAGUUUGAGCAGUGAAAUCCAUAAGAUCAAACAACUCAAGUAAAUGCCUUCUGUCAGGACUCUGAGUCUAAUUAUGAAUUUUAUGUUUUUGUUUCUAUUUUUGUUUGUCUUCUGGUUUCUCUUUUGGUUUGGGUAUUAGGGUGCUUAAAAUUUAUUUCUCAGAUAAAUAUGAAUGAGAAAAAUAACCUUAAUCAUUUUUAAAGCUCUUAUUUUUUUUUAAAGAACAAUCACACAAAGACUUUUUUUUACAAAGUUUUAUUUGCACAACUCUAAACUUCCAGAUUUUUUUUUUUUUUUGAUGGUGUAGAAGGUACCAGCUAAACUGUACCACUUAGUAGUAUUCUAAAAAUGUUCCAUGCUGAGACAGUAAAAUUAGCAGAAAAAAUGUACUUUUGGUACCAAAGAUUAUACUGAUGUUUCUACACAACAAACCUUUUGCCGUUCAUGAAAAUAAUAUAUUAUUAACAUAUUAAUAUAUUAUGCUACUAAUGUGAAAGUGGUCUCUAAAUAUUUUAAUUUUGCUAAUGCAAAUUUUGUUUUUAUUUGAAUGAAGACUUCCACAUCUUUUACAUUUCCUUAUGAUUUUGUGAAAUCUCUUUGUCCUAUAGAAUAAAUGUUUGAUUGGGAGAGCUGAAAUAUGAUUUCCAGUUCUUUAAUAUUGCCCUUAUUAUUCAAAUGGAAAGAUCUGCAUGCUCUUUAUACCAUUGUUAAAUUUCUUAGUACAGAAACAAUAUGAUCAGUACAGUGUUGGUUCCAUAGCAGAGGUGAUAAAUGUUAAGAGGUUUAAAAGGAAAUUAUGUGUCAAUAUUUUGCACUUCAAAAGAAUUAACUUUUCCAGUAUUUUUUCUGUAGUUAAAUUUACUCACAGUAUCAUAUUAAUGUGUUUUUUAAAAAGAUUAAAUUAUUACUAAGAUAAAGUGGGUUUUUUAAAUGCUAAUAUAUAACAGUUUUGACCAAUAUGACAGUACUAGUAACUUAUCCUAUACCGGUAGGUAAUUGUGAUAACAAAUUGUUUCUUUAGAAAUAGAAAAGCAGAAGCACUGCAUUCCCACUUCUACUCCUGGUGUGAAACAACUUAUAUGACUUAACUUCUUGUUUCUUAGAGAAAGCAGUCUGAGAAAAGAAGAAAUAGCAUGGGGAAUCUAUUUGUUUUUAGGGAAGGCAGCCCGAGAAAAGAAGAAAUAGCAUGGUAUAUUUACAUACGUAUGGAAAAGGAUAUUCAUAGUAGUACAGUUUUCAAUAAUUUUAAUAUGUAGUAUUAUUUUUUAAAAUAUAGCAGAGCCUUAGGAUACAGAAGAUUAUAUUUUCUGAGAAUUCUUGUGUCUCUUAGAGAAAAAUGCAAUGCAUAAAAACAAGGCAUAGCUAAAAAUGGGUAGAACAUUGAUGUACUUUUAUGAUUAAAGCAUUUAUCUAUUGGAAUUUUUGAAAGAAUUCGGUACAUGUUUUGAAUGUAAAUUAAGAAGUCCCAUUUACAUACUAAAUCAAAAGUAGGUGAUUUCGAGAACCAUGAUUUGGACUAUUUGCAGAUGAUAAGUGGAUCAAAUAGCCCUUAAUUUGAAUUCAAUGGGAGUCUAAAAGUCACAAGUAAAUUCUCAUGGGUAAAAUCCAUCUGAGCACUCAUUCAAGAUAUGUCUUAAAAAGCCACAGCCAGGUACCUGGUCAUUUUUACUGCUUUCUCAACAAAUAUAUUUAAACAAUUUUAAAGGCCACAGCAAAAGCAUGCCAUGCAUCCACUGUUCUGUGCAUUGAUGUUUAUCUAUCUCAUAGAUGCAUUGAGUAGUGCCUUUUUAGCUUCUUCACAUUGCUUUGUUACCCUAUGCUUUGUGUUCUCUAAAUACGUUGCCCAGUUGUGAAAGUGUCCAGCAUAAAAAAAAGGGCUUCAGUAUCGACUGAGACUACUUUUGUUCAUCUCAGGGAACUUUCAAUACUCUAGAAUGAAUUCAAUUAAAGGCAUUUAGUGUUCAGAGAAGACAAACUGUACAAGACCAUUUCAUUCCCUAUUGUAUACCUUUCCAUCUGCCCUCCCCCUUGAUUAUCUGCUGUGGCCUUCUUACGGGGACAGGGCAAGGAGGUCACUGAAGGCUACCAGCAAAAUUAAGAAAAAUAAUUGCGUUUUAACCCAUAAGGGCGCAUAAGGGACCAUGACAAAAUCAAAUCAUAAAUACAUACUUGAAAUAUCUGGGGUUUUCCCCCCCUUUGGACAAUAUUAUAUGCUCAUAGCUUUAUUUUAUUUUUUUCAUGAUUUAACCCUAUACCUGGCAAUGCUCAGGCAGCUGAUUGUGAAAAUAUUCCUAUAUGUUAGAAAACGCGUUGUUACUGUGCUGUUGACAUAAAUAGGCCAUGGAAACAUUUUCAUCAAUAUUAUCUGGCCUGUUCUAUAACUAAUAUUAAAUUGCUCAAAUAAAAAAAUAAAUCAGUAGCAUGUUUUAUGGGCAAAUCUAAUGAUUCAGCCCACAGGACUGAUGAAAUUUCUGUGGAAGUUUUUCUAUCUAAAAGAAGGUGCUGGGCAUUCAACUGUCUUCAUAUAUUGUGUAUCAUAUAAAUUGUGUAUUGAUUACUCAUGCAAAUUCUACAUAUAUGCUUACAGAAGCAAUCUAUUUAAAUAGUGCUAUGGGUAGUGUACAUACCAGCUAGUUAUUCAGCUACACAGGAAAAAAGGCUGAACAAAGUAAUUUAUUUCUGAUUGAGUCAGUUAGUCAUAAUGCAUAUUAUGUGGUAUUUGGUUCAUAAAGAAGUUGUUUUCAUGUGGUUAUUGUACAGAGUAUUAUAAUUGUGGAAGGGUUGUGGGAAGAGUUAUGUAUAGUUAGUUGUUAUCUCUGCAAGUUUGAAAGUUUCCCUAUCAACCAUUAUCCAUAUACCAAUAUUUUAAAAGUUGAGUGAGGAUUAUUGUUCGUAUUUGAAGAAAGUCCAAAUAAAGCCCACUUAGAAAUAGAUAUUUUAUUAUAUAUGUGCUAUAGAUAUAUCUAUAUAGUACAAAUAGACAUGUGUGAUGCAUAUACACAAUGCUAUAUAUGUGUAUCUGUGUGUAUACACACAGGGUCUGUAAUAUACACUGUUAUACUAACAUCUUCAGGGUCUGCACUGUGAUAUCACUCUGGAGAUAAUCCCAUUUUAGAGUAAAGAAGUUCUUUUGAGCCUUUAGACACUAAACUGCUUUAAAAGGGAUCUCCUUUAUAAUUGAAUUCUAUGUUGUUCAUAGCUAGAGUUACAAUAAGGGUCUAGUAUAUCCAAAACUUUACAAAAAAAAAAAAAAUGUCUUGAAGCUG